AUGAUGGCUACUAGAACCGCAGUCGCCGAGUCUCUGGCACUACCACCCGCCAAACGAUUGCGUCUAGACCGUGACCUCGAUCUCAACAUAGAAACCGACACCAACACCACGAUUGACGACGACCUCUAUACUGCCCAAUCACCCAUCUCGACAGCGGAUACAGUCUCAUCUCCGGCAACUACCACCGCAGCUACUACGCCUAAGACUCCCCGGUUUCCAUCUGAUCUGAAGACCCUGCCUUGCACCUGGCCGGGUUGCCCCAAGACCUUCAACCGACCCGCCCGUCUACGAGAUCACCUCAACUCGCACACCAACUCUCGACCCUUUGUCUGCCCCUACGAUGGUUGUGAAAAAGACUAUACUGUCGACAAACAUCUGAAGCAGCACAUCAAGGCGACCCAUACCCAGGAACGGAAACAUGUCUGCCCCCGAGAAGGCUGUGGCAAGAGCUUCGUCACCGGAACACGCCUAAAGCGUCACCAAGCGGUUCACGAAGGGGCUGAACGAUUCAGGUGUCAGGACUGCGGACAGAGCUUUCGGAAAAAGGACACACUCGCCAAGCAUGUUCGGAAGGAGCAUCAGGGACUCAAGGGCUUCCCAUGCGCAGAGAAGGGCUGCGAUGCUGCAUUCGACACAAAAGCAUCGCUACGCAAGCAUGUCGAGCGGGAGCACGGGACGGCGAGAUUCUGGUGUCACGAAUGUGCCAAGCAAUCGUCUCCCGACGGAGAGCCACGCGGGACAGGCUUCACGACCGAGCUUCUGCUGCAGAAUCACCUGAAGCAAGAGCACCAGGACUGCAUGUUUUGCGAGUUUAGGUCCUCAAAACAAGGCGAUCUAGAGAGGCACGUCGAGAUGCAUCAUUCGGGCAAGACGGUUGAUGACAGACGGACCGAGCCAUGCUCCUAUCCGGAUUGCGACAAGUGGUUCACCAACAGAUCCAACCGGAACAACCAUGUUCGAACGGUACACGAGGGCCAGCGAUUCAUCUGUGGGGGCAUCACAAUUAACAUUGGUGGGUGGUCGAAUGACCAAGGGUGUGGCGAGCACUUCACCUCCAAAGCGAGGCUGGAGGACCAUGUUCGAUACGUUCAUCUGCGUCAAGAUCGACCCAAGGUCUCCGUGCCAGCAAUUGUGCCGGAGCAAGAGAGACCUGGUUACCUGGAUACCCUGGUCCACGGUGCUGUGGACGCGGUAUACACAUGCUACGUCUGCACCCUGCCAUUCAACGGCCCCGAAGAGGUGGAUGCGCAUAUUGCAACUGAGCACCAAUCGUUCGACCCCGACAGCUUCUUCCAAGACGGCGAGGCUUUAGAUGCCGGUCUGUUUGGGAUGGACAGCCAAUGCCCAGCAGACAAUGAGCAGGAAGUGAUUUUCGCUGCAGACGUGGAUUACGGUGCUGCGAAUGACGCAUGGGCACAAGACGAAGAGAACAUCUUCAAUUUGGCGAGCGACUCGCCCCGUCGGGAGAAUGGGCCUAUUGACCCUAAUCUCUUAUGA